AUGCAGAAGAAACGUUCAGACUCUUCCCUUUCCGAACCACUUCUCCCUCUUCAACAACACAACGACGACUACAACGUUGGAGACGACAGCUCGCACUACCGACGGUCAUCAUCAUCAUCUGCGGUCGGCAGGCACCACAAAUCAGGAAUGGGAUUCACAUGGAAACACAUCCUCUACUUGAUCGUCAUGAUGACGAUCGGUGCCGCGCUGCUCGAUGCCAUAAUCAACGGCGGCCUCGCAGCCCUCAUGUAUCAUGACCAAGGAAACAUCAGGGUGUGGGAAUGGCCAAACACAUUAGGCGGCGACAUCAUCAUCACAACGCUCCUCACGGGCAUCCUCACGUGGAUCAUUGCCUCCAACCUCGUCAUGCGGGAUCUCCGUGUCGGUGUGCCGCUGCUGGGAAAGAUGGGCUCGCUCAACCUCUACUCGCCCGAGUUCCGCCAGGGCAAGUUCUACAACUACUUCCUGCGCAUGGAGGACCUCAUCCGACUGCCCGGCAAGGGCAACUGGAAGAAGCACUUCGUCAAGUUCAUUCUUCUGGUCCUCAGGGGCAUCCCGUUCACCCUCAUCUGGUUUGUCGUCUUUGCUCCGGCCACGUUGGCCGUGAUGAUGGCCCUCGAGUACGGUGCCGGCAUCAACCUGUGGUGGCCCUCGGCCGUCGUCUUCAAGGCCAUCUGGGGCGGUGGAAUGGGUCUCUUCGUCACGCCCGCCGUAGGUGUGCUGGCGAUGGCCAGUUUCGAGGACAACGAAGCCAAGUCGGUCAACUCCGACGCCGCUGACGCCGACUCCGAGAGCGGCCUCAAGUCGGAGACCAACUCCACCUACGGCACCGGCGAGGAAGAGGAGGCCUAA